GAUUUUUCUAGAAAUUGUGAUCUGGUAACCUUGUAUUUGACAGAGGUUAUGUUACAUGUUUUUCUGGAAAAUUCAAUCAUAAUUUACUCAAAAGUACAUUGAAGAAUCCAUUUGUUUUUCGUUUUUUUUUUUAAAUGGCUAAGUGGGGUGAAGGUGAUCCUCGUUGGAUUGUUGAGGAACGUCCAGAUGCUACAAAUGUGAACAACUGGCAUUGGACCGAGAAAAAUGCUACUCCAUGGUCAAAGGAUAGAUUUAACCAUCUAUUUAAAAAUUUAACGAUAGGUGACGAUAAUAUAAGAUGUACAAUUGAAUCGGUAGAAAAAUGCUCUGGUGAAGCAACAGCAAAUAAUCGAAAAGGAAAGUUAAUUUUUUUCUACGAAUGGGAUCUAAUUCUAAAAUGGAAAGGUUCUUUUUUAAAGCCAUCUUCAUCAUCACAUACUGGCAAAAUUUCAAUACCCAAUUUGUCGGAAGAAAAUGAAUUAAGUGAUAUUGAAAUUACAAUUACUAUUGAUGAAUCUAAUGAUACAUCAGAAAAUAUAAAACAAUUUAUGUAUAAUGUUGGAAGAGAAAAAAUUCGACAAAUAUUGGGAGUAUACAUUACUGAGCUUAAAGAAGAAUAUUCUAAAAAUUUAAUAUUGCCUAUAAAAGAUAGUACUCAAACAAUUGAAUGUAAAAAAAAUGUAAAACCAUAUGCUACAGAUCUCCCAAAAUCGGAAAUAAGGCCAGUAUCAUCUCUGGGAUGUAAAUUGGAUGUUUGUACAAUAUCUAUUGAAGAAGAGUUCCAGUGCUGUGCUAAUGAUUUGUAUAAUGUUCUAACAAAGGACUCUAUGGUUACAGCAUUCACCAGGGCUCCUGCAAAAGUCGAUGCUAAUCGAGGUGGCCAAUUUAGCCUUUAUGGAGGACAGGUGCAUGGAUAUUUUGAAGAACUCGUGCCGGAGAAGAAAAUAACGCUUAGGUGGCGGUUAAAAUCAUGGCCUUCAGGACAUUAUUCUAAUGUCAUAAUUGAAUUGGAAGAAAUGAAAAACUAUACCCAAAUGAAACUUCGGCAAACUGGAGUUCCAGCGUCUGAAUGUGAUGUAAUGAAGGCUAACUGGUAUCGAUACUACUGGCAUAGUAUUAAGCAAACUUUCGGUUUCGGUGUUCCUCUUGCUGAUGUAUUAUAAAUAUUUCAUUCAUAUCUUACAAAAAUGUAUGCAUGAUUCUCUACAAUAAUCUGAAAACCAAUGAAAUAAUAUUCAAAGCUGGAACAAACCUAUUAAAUAAAAUUACAAUAUGUAAAUUAA